GUCAAGUUUACCGAAUUCCACGCAUCACAAUGGCGUCGCGAUUGGCAAAGAGCGCUCUUGGCGCUUCCCGUCUCCGGCCUGUCCUUUCUACCCGAACACUUCCCGCCGUUUCGCCCGUCACCGCUCGAUUCGCAUCCAAUGUUCCGGUGGAAGACCCAAAAACCAAAGCUCAAUCUAUCAUCGAUGCUUUGCCAGGAAGCUCCCUUGUGUCAAAGACCGCCAUUUUAUCCGGAGGCGCCGGUCUGGCCAUAGCCGCGAUUAGCAACGAACUUUACAUCGUCAAUGAGGAGACUAUUGCCGCCUUCUGUCUUCUCAGCGUGUUCACGGCCGUAUUCAAACUCGCCGGCCCUAUGCACAAGCAAUGGGCUGAGUCCCAGAUUCAGAAGCAGAAGGACAUCUUAUCCGCUGCUCGUGCUGACCAUACCAAUGCUGUUACGCAGCGUAUCGAGAAUGUCAAACCAUUGAGUGAGGUUGUUAACAUCACGAAACAGCUCUUCGAAGUCUCAAAGGAAACCGCACGACUGGAAGCUCAAGCCUAUGAAUUGGAACAACGCACUGCCCUCGCCGCAGAGGCCAAGAGGGUCCUUGACUCCUGGGUCCAAUACGAGGGCCAGGUCAAGCAACGCGAGCAACGCGAGCUGGCCGAAUCUGUUAUCGCCAAGAUCCGGAAGGAAUUGGAAAACCCCAAGCUCCUUCAGCAAAUUUUGCAGCAAAGUGUUGCCGAUGUUGAGAGGAUCGUGUCAUCCAAGGCUCAAUAGGUUUUCUAGGUUAUGUGAUUCAAAGCACCAAGGCUUUCAUUUUGUGUACAAAACUUCAGAAUUAGAAAACCAUCCUAGAUUUAUAUGAAUCUUUGUUUUGACAAUAAGGGCAUUGAACAUGGUUUUCUUUCUUCUUUUCUGCUGUUGCUAUCUCAUGAUAACUAACGAGAAUUCCAAACACAAGCCACCAACACUGUUUCCAGAAUUGAAGUCAAACUAAUAUUCCUAUGCUUGCAAGUGUUUCUUUAUCAUCCUUGUGCUUGAUACACAUUCAAGUUUUUCUGUCAGUUUAUAAUUCAAUGUCGCUCCAAUUUGUUUCGAGCCGCUGGGCGAUUAACUUUAUCAACUGGGUCUGACUCUACUCUCUGGGUGGACAGUCCUCGAAACGUGCGUACUUGCUCAAUUGGGAGCUGUAUUUGGUGCAGAAGCAUUCUACUCACCAGUGUCGCAGUGUAGGAUGCCUCAAUGUGUCUAGCACAGUGGAAAAAGUGGGAAAUCGACCCCGAAAGAUCAGUUUUAUUUAUAGACCGGCCAACUUAAGAAGUUGAAACCACGGUGAACAAAGCAGUUGACUGGACUCGAGCCCUAG